GUCGUGUGACGUUUGCAGCUCGCCGGCCAGGAAGCCGCGAGAUGCGUGACGAGCGAAGCGCGUGACGGAGGAGCGGUUGGCCAACGCAGUGGCGGCAGUCGGUGUAAACAAGGCCUCGCGCCGCUGCGGGUCCUGCGACCGCUCCUGGCUGGUGGGUGGUCUCGCGUGGGGCGGUAACCGCCGGCUUCAGUGGGAGGUGCUUCUCGGCUUCCUCCCCCUCAUGGCGUACACACCCCCGGCGCACCACGUGGGCGUGAGGCAAGGAAGGAGGGGUGUUAGGCCAAAUUCUAUUUUCAUUGGCUGUCACUGCUGCCGGCCUUUGUAAGGGGGCGCUCUGAUUGGUCGAUAAGGUGGGGGCGUCGAGGGUCUUUGAGUCCUAAGGCUUCUAAUUGGUUAGAUGAGAUAAGCUAGUGAAGCGCUUUCUUCCGAGAGGGAUUUCGAUUGGUCGGUCAGAGAGGUUACCUGGAAAUCCAACACCGCCCAACACCCCUCCCGCUCCCCAGUCCGGGGACUUCGAUAGGUGAGUUUGAGCACGCUUUGCUUUCACCAAACCCAAGGAGGUGACAGGAGGAGCCCCCGCACAGGACCUAAGGAUGCUGUGACCAGAAGAUGGGAUCGCGGAACAGCAGCAGUGCAGGAUCCGGGUCCGGAGACCCCUCCGAGGGCUUGCCCCGAAGAGGGGCUGGCCUGCGUCGGAGUGAGGAAGAGGAAGAAGAGGAUGAAGAUGUGGAUCUGGCCCAGGUACUGGCCUAUCUCCUCCGCAGAGGCCAAGUGAGGUUGGUGCAGGGAGGAGGUGCAGCAAAUUUACAAUUCAUUCAGGCCCUCUUGGACUCAGAGGAAGAGAAUGACAGAGCUUGGGAUGGUCGUCUUGGGGAUCGAUACAACCCACCUGUGGAUGCUACCCCUGACACCCGGGAGCUGGAAUUCAAUGAGAUCAAGACACAAGUGGAACUGGCCACAGGGCAGCUGGGGCUUAGGCGGGCCGCCCAGAAGCACAGCUUUCCUCGAAUGUUGCACCAGAGAGAACGGGGCCUCUGCCAUCGGGGAAGCUUCUCCCUUGGAGAACAGUCUCGAGUGAUAUCUCACUUCUUGCCCAAUGAUCUGGGCUUCACUGAUAGCUACUCUCAGAAGGCUUUCUGUGGCAUCUACAGCAAAGAUGGUCAAAUAUUCAUGUCUGCUUGCCAAGACCAGACAAUCCGACUGUAUGACUGCCGGUAUGGCCGUUUCCGUAAAUUCAAGAGCAUCAAGGCCCGCGAUGUAGGCUGGAGUGUCUUGGAUGUGGCCUUCACCCCUGAUGGGAACCACUUCCUCUACUCUAGCUGGUCUGAUUACAUUCAUAUCUGCAAUAUCUAUGGUGAGGGAGAUACACACACUGCCCUGGAUCUCAGGCCAGAUGAGCGUCGCUUUGCUGUCUUCUCCAUUGCUGUCUCCUCAGAUGGACGAGAAGUACUAGGAGGGGCCAAUGAUGGCUGCCUGUAUGUCUUUGACCGAGAACAGAACCGGCGCACCCUUCAGAUUGAGUCCCAUGAGGAUGAUGUGAAUGCAGUGGCCUUUGCUGAUAUAAGCUCCCAAAUCCUGUUCUCUGGGGGAGACGAUGCCAUCUGCAAAGUGUGGGAUCGACGCACCAUGCGGGAGGAUGACCCCAAGCCUGUGGGUGCACUGGCUGGACACCAGGAUGGCAUCACCUUCAUUGACAGCAAGGGUGAUGCCCGGUAUCUGAUCUCCAACUCUAAAGACCAGACCAUCAAACUCUGGGAUAUCCGACGCUUUUCCAGCCGGGAAGGCAUGGAAGCUUCACGCCAGGCUGCCACACAGCAAAACUGGGACUAUCGGUGGCAGCAAGUGCCCAAAAAAGCCUGGCGGAAGCUGAAGCUCCCAGGAGACAGCUCCUUGAUGACCUACCGGGGCCACGGAGUGCUGCACACCCUCAUCCGCUGCCGGUUCUCCCCCAUUCAUAGCACUGGCCAGCAGUUCAUCUACAGUGGCUGCUCCACUGGCAAAGUGGUUGUGUACGACCUUCUAAGUGGCCACAUUGUGAAGAAGCUGACCAACCACAAGGCCUGUGUGCGUGACGUCAGUUGGCACCCCUUUGAAGAGAAGAUUGUCAGCAGUUCGUGGGACGGGAACCUGCGUCUGUGGCAGUACCGCCAGGCUGAGUACUUCCAGGAUGACAUGCCAGAAUCUGAGGAAUGUGCCAGCGCCCCUGCCCCAGUGCCCCAAUCCUCUACACCCUUUUCCUCACCCCAGUAGAUCCAAUCUCCAGCCCCAUAUAGGGUGAACCUCUUGAUAAGCUCUCUGCCUUCUCCUCCCUUUCUCCCUUGUGGGGAAUGUUUGGAGGAAUCACUGGCAUUUGAUGGGGAGAAACAUAAGCCUGGGCUCUGAGCCUCAGCUGAGCCCUGGAAGAUUCUCCCCAUGGGGCAGAGUGGUCUCCUUACAUGCUCACACCCAGUCAGCUUGGGUCCCUAUCUCUGGCCAGAGUUUGGCAGGACUGCCAUUAUCUGGGGCGUGGCCUCUGCCAGCAAGAGAAGUGUCCUGGGUGUUUUUAAUCAUGUUUGAAUGUUAGGGGUUGGAUCCUAGAGUAGAUGCCUGAGGCCACAUCUGAACAGACCUGUCAGCCAGGCCUGCCAGGUCUUCACGUUGAGGAUUCAACUGGCCAAUCACAGGACAGGUGUCCUGGCCUUUCUUCCUGAGGUCUCUAGGGGAGGGGCAUGGGUAAGGGUGUUUCCUCAGCACCCUCCUGGGGUGGGGAUUAUGUCUGCUGUCAUGUCUGGGUCUUUAGGGUAGGACAGGCUGUGGUAUGAGAGGCAGGAGUCUCCACAAGGCUUCAUGUGACCCCUCAUAGGGCAGGCCCUGCCCUCUGGGAAGGUCCCUUCAUGCUGGAGGCACACAGCUUUAAGGAAGUAGUUUGAAGUAGGGCUCCUUCGUCCUCUCACUGGCUUUGGCUCCCUCAAUAAACUGUGUGGGAACCUG